GUAGCAAGCUCAAGGGAAAAAAAAAAAUCAAAAUUUCUCACCUACCACGCAUCACGAUGCUCACUCCUUCUGGCACCUCUCCAAGUCCCACACCUUCCCUCACUUCCGCCCCUUCGCCCCCUACCAACCUGCUCGAGCACAACAGUGCAACAUCCGCUAUGGGAGUCAAUCCCGGGUUCUACGAUUCUCAGUCAGGCACGGAUAGCACUGAUGGGGGAGUAUCGGGUCCGGAAAUGCUUCAAAAAAGGUAAAUAUUCAAAACUAUCAUCCCUACGUUGAAUAUCUUAACAAACAAACAAAACAACACGACAGAGACUCCGCUCGAAUUGGUCCAUUCGUCGUCUCCGGCUUUGAUCUUAGCCAAUACCUCCAAUAUACCCCGACGGCAGAAUUAUCGCCUCUUGAGCGCUUUAGAAGAGAGCCUGCAGAAGAAAACAGAAUACCAGGACUAGUCCAGUUCUGCAUCCCCCCCAUAGCCGCAUUUGAGUCUUGUGAGCUCCGAGGAACAACCGGGGAGGGUUCGCGGGGAAGGGAAGUUCGGAAUGACCGCUAUUUGCGCCGCGUACGCAGGCGGCGGGCUAGGCGGAGAAGAGCACUCGAGCUACGAGCGCCCCCUCCUCCGCACCCGAAUCAUUAUCAGCUGGGGAUAGGCUUGCGAGAGACCUAGGCAAGGAGAUAGUGGUGUCAAGUGUGGCCAACAGUGACUUGUUUGGUAUGUCAUGAUCUUGGAGCUAGAGCGUGGCGUCUGCUAACAGGUGCAGUCAGAUGUACGAGCAAAAUGUGAGACGGCCAAGGAAAAACAAUUUUAUGGAUUUAACUCAUUUUCUUAUCCAAACUUUACUUUUCUUCCAACUCACCUUUGUUUUUGUUUUUUUUUGCGCUGCCUUUUCUUUCCUGCAUGUAUUGAGCGACAUCACCGGACUGGCAUAUCUCCUUACCAGAAUUGACGAAUUUUACGCUAUCCACGAAUCCUAUGAAGCCACAAUCACCGGUCACCGGUGAUACAGUACAGGUGCUAGCAAAAGUGCAUGCAAUUGUGAUUGAUCAUGGGUUAUCACUCGCUAGGCUCAGUGAUGGAAUUGCCGGGUUGCUGCGCUGUGACUAUAUUUGUGGGCAGCGCUGGUGUCCCAAGAAUA